AUGGCUACGAUGAACACUGUAGCUGAUGCAGUGCGUGAGGCUGCAAUGGCUGCUGCUAGGGCUGUUGAGCGUCUUGGAGUGAGAAAUGGAAAUGAAAACGAAAAUGGAGAGGAUAAUGGGAACAAUGAGGCUGAUCCAGCGCGUCCUGAUAAACCCAUGACCCUUGCUACUUUUCUGAAAGUGAAUCCACCUAAGUUCAAAGGUACACUCGUUGCGACUGAUGCCAACAACUGGUUCCGAGGUAUCGAGCGAUCACUGCGAGCACAACAUGUUCCGGAAGGCCAACAUGUAGAGUUUGCUAUUUAUAUGCUCGAAGGAGAGGCUGAGUAUUGGUGGCAGGGGAUACAGCGACUGCUGCAACAAAAUGAAAGUGACAUUCCUUGGGAUACCUUUAGGGACGAAUUCUAUAAGAAGUAUUUUCCGAGAGCGGCACGUGACACUAAGGAGAUAGAGCUUAUGCAACUGAAGCAAGAGGAUAUGACUAUUGCUGAGUACGCUCGUAAGUUCGAUAACUUGUGCCGUUUCUCCAAGAUUUGUAGAGGGAACCCGGCCGACUUUGAGGAAUGGAAGUUCGAAGAAUGUUCGAAGAAGGUGGCGAUAGCUCGAGCAGAUCGUAGGGAGGCCUCACGAAGAGACCUUAUUCAGAAGUUAGCCCCUCAAGGUCACAACUUUAAAGCCAAUAAUCAAUAUCGGUGCCAAAAUAGGAAUCAACGGAAUGGUGAUUUUCUUGCUCGCAACAACAACAACAACCAUAACUAUAAUCUGGGACAGGAACGAGGAGGUCAAUCUCAGGGUAUUUCGAUAUGCUCAAGGUGUGGGAAAGAUCAUGGUAAUAGACCUUGUCAGUAUGGAACAAACAAUUGUUAUACUUGCGGAAAACCUGGACAUAUGGCCAGGGCUUGCCCAAAUAGGUUUGUUCAAGAUCCAGCCAGAACCCAACUAUUAGGACGAAUAUCUACCAUGACUGUUGAUGAUGCUCUGUACUCAGACUCCGUGAUCCAAGGCAGUCAGAUAAAUGGUGGUACGACCACUGAGAGUGCUUCCCUGGGAUACUUAGCUAUAAUGCUAUUCUGUAAGUCAGAGGACUCUUACAGAGGUAUCGAGAACACACGACUAGCAUAUACUCCUGUAAGUCAAAGGACUCUUACAGUGAGAGUGUGUGUAUGCUCCUGUAAGUCAAAGGACUUUUACAGUGAGAGUGUGUGUAUGCUCUUGUAA